AUGACAGCUGUUAUUACACAAAGAGCAGCCAAAGAAAUGGAGUAUAGAAAUUUUAUCAAAGGCCAUGUUUUAAUAUAUCCUUAUUUAGGAUCAUGGGAUUUUAAUAGUGAAUCAUUUAGAAAUUAUAAUAAAUAUCCAUUAUUUUCUGUUCUUUCUCCAAAAUUAAUGGCAGAAUUUAUAUUAAUUUAUUUGGGAAAAAAUGCUAAUAAUGAAAAUGUAAAAAUGAUUCUUGAAUCAGAUAUGUUAACUGGUAAUUUUGGAGUCAAUAAUGAAUUUAAAGAAAUCCUCUCAAAUAUAGAUAUUUCCCCAAUUUUAGCUAAUGAAAAUAUUUUAAAAUUUUUACCAAAAAGUUUUACAAUAAUAGCUAAUUACGAUGUCUUAAAAGAUCAAGGUGUAUUAUAUCAUGAGAAACUUAAAAAUAGUAAAGAUAAAAAUAGUAAUGAUAAUGACAUCAUUAAAAAUUUUCAUUCAAUAGAAAUUUUUGAAAAUCUAACACAUGGUGAAAUAAAUAUCUCAAAAACUGCUAGUAAAGAAGUUGCAACUUCAAUUUGUAAUUGGUUAAUUGAAAAUAAUUUUGCUAGUUAA